AUGGACGAUGAUGAACCUUUUAUUUACCGGCUUAAUGAUAACGGAUCCGGCCCGAGUUUGCUUGUGAAAGUUUGUGCUGAACGCGGUUGGCGUAUAUACCAAGGGCAUGGCGGUGAAGAUAAAUGGAAUCUCUGGUGGAGGAGCAGCGCCUUUCCUGCAACAUGCUACAAGACUCUUGACGAUUGGCAGUUUAUGAAUCACAUACCAAAAGGAGGCUCGAUAUGUCGCAAGGAUAGUCUCUCUCGACUUCUUCGGUGCAUGAGGAGAGUCUACGGCCCUAUAUAUGACUUUAGUCCAACGUGCUUCCAUUUACCCCUGGAAUACGCGAAGUUGGUGUCCGAGUGUUCACGGCUGAGGCGCAGUGAGGAUGGCAACAAUGCUGUGUGGAUACAUAAGCCGGUCGCACAGAGCCAAGGCAGAGGGAUAUUUCUUUUUCGUAGCGUUUGCGAAAUGCGUUGCGGUAGUCCAGCUGUGGUGCAACGGUACAUUGAACGACCUUUGCUAAUUGCUGGGUAUAAGUUCGACCUGCGGCUGUACGUCUGUGUUCCUGGGUAUAGACCACUCACUGCGUAUAUGUAUGCUGAGGGGCUGGCUAGGUUCGGAACUGAUAAAUACACAUUAUCUGAUAUACACAAUCCAUAUAGACAUUUGACGAAUUCCUCAUUAAAUAAAACCGGACCAAGAUUUGCAGAAUGCAAAGACAGGAUUGGAAGUGGGUGUAAAUGGACGCUGAAACAAGUACGUCGCGCGCUGAUUGGUAGAUGGGGUGCUAUAGAAUGGCUGGUUUGGCAGAGGAUAAGGGCCAUAGUAACUCUGACGCUAUUAGCUCAAGCUGCUGGUACUCCACCAGCUAGGAACUGUUUUGAAUUCUACGGCUUUGAUAUAUUGCUCGAUGAUUCUUUGAAGCCCUGGUUGAUUGAGGUGAACCUCUCCCCAGCAUUAGCAGCGGACUGUGAAGCGGAUAUAACAGUGAAACAGCCAAUGUUGCACGAACUGUUUGAUCUGCUCGGAUUGCCGAUGAGACACACUGGCCUAUCGUACCUGCAGGGACCUUCUGUACCAUAUAUUACUAGUUACAGUUCAGAAGAUGAAAGUGGAACACCUAGUGCGACCAACCGCUCCACGUCUGGUCAUAAGCGCGGCGGGCGCGUACACCGACGGCGCAGAGCCAUGCCUGUACACUGCGUUACUAUACAACCACCAAUGACUGAUAAGUAUAAUGAUGUUCCUGAUAAAAUAAAAGAAAAGCCAAUAGAAACGCUACAAAGUUACAAAUCGUCUUCCGACAUUGCUAGUGACGUCUCAGAUACACAGUCAGCACCAAGGAUUACUUCACCCCCAGAAGUAGCAGACGAGACCUGGCGCGGGGGCUACGCCACUGCGGCGUCUCGGAGACGAAUGAUGAACGCCUGUAUGUGGGGUAACGGUGUAAGGUGGGAUAGGGGGUCCAACCGCGUGGGACAGUGGGUCCGGAUUCACCCGCAUACGCUGUCUAAUUAUGAACAAUUACCUCUAGAAGAUGUAAGAGAAAGUGUAGCCCACGUGUCGAAGUUUGUCCGUGCGGCUCGAGAAGUAGUCCGGGAAUGCGGUCGCGACGUGCGUUCCCGGGAUUCCACUAGAGAUGCCGUCUUCGAGGCUGCACUGCGAAAGAAACUAGCUUAUGGCCCGAAUUUUGAAGUCUGGCUGCCACCGUUUUAAUGUGUUCAAUUUAACUUUAAGAAUAAAUGUGUUCUGGAUU